AUGACAUAUUUCCUUGCUCGUUUGGUAGAGCAACAGGGUCAAGCUCCUGUGAAUCAACCUAGGGAUCCUGAAAUGGGACAAGAUAGAGCCCUAGAGAGAUUCCAAAAGUUUUCCCCUCGUAAGUUCCUGGGAGGACCGGACCCUGAGGUAGCGGAGAGAUGGUUAGAAACCAUGAUCAACAUAUUCGCCACUUUAAACUAUACAGAGGAAAGGCAGGUGCAAUUUGCUAUUUUUCAAUUUGAGGGUCUAUCCAGGGCUUGGCGGAAUGUAGUUAGAGCUAAAUGGGAGAGAGAGGGAACCGCAUGGACCUGGUUGAAUUUCGUGCGGGAGUUUAACGAAAAAUAUCUUCCACCGAGAGUCCAGGAGAAAAGGGAAGAUGAUUUUAUUAAGCUUCGUCAGGGAACCCUAAGUGUAUCUGAGUAUGAAACUCAGUUCACUAAGCUAUCGAAGUUUGCUCCCGAAUUGAUAGUUACGGAGCAAAGGAGGGUUAGGAGGUUUGUACAGGGACUCAAUGUGAAAAUACAGGAGGCAUUUGCGGCAGCGUAA